CACUGUCCGCUGAUAUUCAGUUUGUUGUGUACUGCCGUGUGGUGUUGAGAAUGAAGUUGCUAAGACGCCGCUGCUCUAAGGCGGUUCAAAGCUUCCGGGGUCACGUGAUCAUCGUCAUCGUCUUCUUCGUCUUCAUUCUGCACGUCACUUCAAGGAAAAAAGAACCAAUAGAAAAUGGGAAGGUGGAGACAAAAGACGCGUUCCCAAUAGACUUUGAGGAGCCGAGGGAGGAGCUGGCCCAGUCCAUUCCACCACCACCUGACCCACCACCCCGCUCCUCCCACACCCUCGCACUGGGACCCUACGAUGACUGGGUGGAGGCCAAAGGUUCGAACCGAGAGUUUUUCCUAUACUCAGCAUAUCUGGACAAGCGGGCAACCAAGGGCCAGGUGAUCAUCGUGGCUAUUGUCAAGAAAAGGAAAUCGGUGAAAUUCUGCACAAUAUGGAGCGAGGGAACCACCACAGAGGAGAAAGGAAGAGUCAAAGUUAUACACGAGAAUUGGAACCUUCCGUACACAGCAGCCCUGAUUAUUUGCAACAUUCCUCAAGGCUCCAAACCAACACACGUGGCCCUUACCUCCUUCCCUGACACGAUACUGGUGGUGCAGGACAUGGAGGUGAGGAGGAAUGAGGGGCGUAUGAGUGUGUGUGUCAAGCCAUUGCACUAUGACUACAACAGGGCCCUAUGGCUUGUAGAAUUCAUUGAGUUCUAUAGACUUAUGGGAGUGGACAGGUUUAUCUUCUACAACCACACCAUGGGCCCGAGUAUAGACGCUGUGGUGAGGCAUUACGUGGACAACAACGUGGUGACCCUCCUGCCGUGGGCCCUGCCGGUCCCCACGCAGAAGGAAAUCAGGACUGAGGGGAUCUUUGCGGCUCUCAACGACUGCAACCUUCGCUCCGUCAACCGCUUCACCUUCUCAGCAAUGGUGGACUUCGAUGAGUUUCUGGUGCCGAGGAAACACGACUCCCUCAUCGACCUUCUGGACACCUACGGCACCAAGGACAGCAACUAUGUGUUUCAGAACGUCUUCUUCUACCUGUACUGGGAGAACGACACAACAGCGGCAUACGACAGGCUGACCCAGGAAGGAAUAUCGCCCAUGGAAGGUCCUGCUGAGCCCUACCUUCUCACGGCCUUCAAGACACGCCGCCUCGCCAAACCACACAAGUCCGGGGUUCGCUCCAAGUACAUCGUGAGGCCUGAGAGGGUGAUGGAGCUCGGGAACCACAACGUUUGGGAGUACAUAGGACGCAAGGUGUGGAAGAAGGUGCCCCCUGAAGAUGGCCUGUCUCACCACUACAGAAUCUGCGAGUACGGGGGAUUUGACUGUCUCAACCAACCCAACGUGGUGGACCGGCAGACACACACCUGGCUGGGGAAGGUGUACCAGCGUGUAAUGGAGCAGUGUAGCCAGAUAUUUCUAAAGGAGGGGGUCUGUCCCACGGCCCCGCCUCUAGGCUCUCCCUGGUGACCGUGUGUGUGUGUGUGUGUGUGUGUGUGUGUGUGUGUGUGUGUGUGUGUGUGUGUGUGUGUGUGUGUGUGUGUGUGUGUGUGCCUUACAUCUACGAGUGCUUUCAAAAUGUGCCUUAUUGAUUAUCAUGUAUCUUUUUUUCUCUCUCUCUCUCUCUCUCUCUCUCUCUCUCUCUCUCUCUCUCUCUCUCUCUCUCUCUCUCUCUCUCUCUCUCUCUCUUGCAUAAUUCUUUCUAGCUAUCCACUAUUCUCUCACUACUACUACUACUACUACUACUACUACUACUACUACUACUACUACUACUACUACUACUACUACUACUACUAUCUUAAAAUCGUUCUCAUGGCGUCUUCCUUUAAGUGUGUGUGUGUGUGUGUGUGUGUGUGUGUGUGUGUGUGUGUGUGUGUGUGUGUGUGUGUGUGUGUUUAAUUUCGUUGUGUGUCAAUUACAAGUCAGUUGUUUCAUUUCUUUCUUUGUUAUUUAUCUCCUCUCCUUCAUUCACCCUUCUCUCCUUUUCUGAGAAGGUUGCCCAUUGUUGAAUCAAGAAUAAUAAUAAUGAUAAUAAUAACACUAAUAAUAAUAACAAUGAUAAUUAAGAGAUGAUUAUAUAUUACUUC